AUGACCCCAACCUACGAAUCCUGGUCAAAGGAAGACCCCGUCGCGCUUCUCAAACAGUUAGAAAUGACCAAAAAGGAUGUGACAAAUGGACUGGCCAGCACUGCGGUCUCGAAGAGGAGGAAGACCUGUGUUGUUGUGCUGGUUCUGCUAUGUCGUUGCUACACUUCUAUGGCAAGCUAUCACAGCACUAUAGACCAGUAUAGACAUCAUGAAAGUCUAUAUAUUACCAUAAAGUUUGACCCCAGUAGACCGUGGGAACUUUUUUCGAUGAAAACCAAAGUUGUAGUCCUUGUCAAGGACGUCAAAGUUAGUCCUUGUCAAGGGAAGUCUAUCCAUAGUCUAAUGACUUCAAUAGGUCAAUAUCUUAUUUUUGCCUCUCUUCUCUUCUUCUUGCUUCUCUAUCCUUCUCUUGGUGUUGAUGUUGUUGGUGCUGGUACUGGUGCUGGUGCUUUGAACUCUGCUCUCUUCCCUCCUGCUCCUCCUCCCCCCAACUAUUUUCGCAUUUUUGACCAUUUGGCAAGUCUUUUCUCUGACUCUCACUUCCUCCUGUCUGAUCCUCUCCUUCUAGCUCCCUUCCCUCCUCUUCCCUCAAGAAUUUUCGCAAUUUUCACUAUUUGUUCUCUUGCCUCUUCCUCCUUUAUUAGUUUACAUGUAUUGUAGUAGUUGAAAUAUAAUUUGGAAUUUUCGCUUU